AUGCCGCUCUGUCUCACCUUCAUCGACCCGAAGAAGGCCCUUGACUCAGUUGAGACGGAAGCGGUCGUGGAAGCCUUGGACAACCGAGGCGUCCCUACUCAGUACAUGAAGGUACUUCGAGAGUUGUACAGUAACUUCACGACCGGAAUUUCGCCAUUCUGCAAGAACGUCAUCACUGACGUGAAGAGGGGGGUCCGACAGGGUGAUACAAUCUCACUCAAAAUAUUCACAGGCAUCCUCGAGAACGCAAGGCGAAAGUUGGAAUGGGACGACAUGGGAGUGAAGAUUGACGGUCGGCAGUUACACCAUUUGCGCUUCGCUGAUAACAUCGUACUGAUAACACCCAGCAUCAGCCAAGCGGAACGAAUGCUGACCGAAUUUGACGAAACAUGUGGAUGCAUCGGUCUUUAG